GUAAAACAAAAAACAUGUAGUAUAAAAAAAGAAAUAGGGGAGCAACAGAUUUUGUUCUUAUCUCACAUCUGUCCUCAAAUCCCAGGCCAAAACCCCAUAAUACUUUCCCUCAAACACUAUAUAAAAAACUUAAGAACAUAAAUCCCAGUUUCCUGAAGGGGAUAAAACUUGAACAACGUCACAACACAAAAUGCUUGUCUCCCUUCCUCUUUCUCCCUCCAUGAAUUCUAAUGUCAUGGACAACUCAUCCGUUACCCAUCUCCUCUAACAUAUCCUUAAUCUCUCCAAAUCUUUCUUUAGAGCAAAUCUAAAUUUUAUCUUUCUUUCUUUCUUUCCGGGUGAAAAAUAUCUUCCAACAGAUCGCAGAAUAAUAACAUCAUUCAUUAAUACUAAUAUUUGUGUGGAGGCAGGGUCUUAUCUUGUGAGCUGACUGGGAAGUUGAAACAUACGUAUAUAUAUAAAUACUUCGUACCUUGGACAACUGCCCCGUGGGAACCACGAGUUUUUAUUUCGAAAAGGAACGUACCCCCAACAGUUCAUAUAUAUAGCUCCAUUAGGAAAGGUGGAAAAAAAACAGAGAGUGAAGAUUAAUCCUCAGCAGAGAUUUGUUCAAAACAUGAAUUCAGGAAUGGAGAAAGGGGUUGGAGAAAACAAGGACAAGCUUAAUGUUUAUGCCGCUGCAUGUGCCAUAGUUGCAUCUAUGAUAUCCAUCAUAUUUGGCUAUGGUUAGUCUUUUUUUUCCCUGUUAUUCUUUUCAAUCAUGAUUCAUCAGAAUCUUUUUUGGUUCAAAGGAAAUUAACAUGUACUUAAAAUUCCAUCACUUCGGUGGAGAUUUUUCAGAUUUGAAUUUUGGUAAGGGACGUGAAAGAAGUUGUUUAAUUGAUGAGGGACGUUAGUCAAUUAUUAGUCACGAGCUGUAUAAUCUUGAAUUUGGCUAAAUUUUUUUUUUUAGCUGAUUUUUGUGUUGUUUAUUUUUAUUUUUUUUUUCUCCAGAUACUGGUGUGAUGAGCGGAGCAAUGUUAUUCAUCAAGAAGGAAUUCGUGAUAAAGGAAUCACAGCUGGAAAUCGUUGCCGGGAUCUUAAAUUUGUGUGCUCUGGUCGGUUCUCUUUGCGCCGGCAGAACCUCAGACAUAAUUGGCCGGCGUUACACCAUAAUCCUCGCCUCCUGUAUCUUCCUACUUGGCUCAGUCCUCAUGGGUUACAGUCCAAACUACGCCGUUCUCCUCGCCGGACGGUGCACUGCCGGCGUCGGCGUUGGUUUUGCGCUCAUGAUCGCCCCUGUUUAUUCCGCAGAGAUAUCCUCUCCCAAUUACCGUGGUUUCUUAUCCUCCCUGCCGGAACUUGGCAUUAGUAUCGGAAUACUUCUCGGCUAUAUCUCAAACCGGGUGUUCGCCGGCUUGCCCCUCCACGAGGGGUGGAGAAUUAUGCUCGGAAUUGCAGCGAUCCCGUCUCUUGCUUUGGCAAUCGGGAUCCUGAAAAUGCCGGAAUCUCCAAGAUGGCUAAUCAUGCAGGGCCGCCUCGGAGAAGCCAAGAAAAUACUGUACCAAGUCUCCAACGACGACGAAGAAGCCGAAGAACGGUUGUUGGACAUCAAGAAGGCGGCCGGAAUCGACGAGAAUUGCAAUGACGACAUCGUGAAGAUCCCGAAAUCGAGAAAAACCCACGGCGAAGGGGUGUGGAAAGAACUCCUCCUCCGGCCGACUCCCGCCGUCCGCUGGAUCUUAAUCGCGGCGGUCGGGAUUCAUUUCUUCGAGCACGCAACGGGAAUCGAGGCCGUGAUUUUGUACGGGCCCAGAAUCUUCAAAAAAGCCGGCGUAACUUCUCACCACAAGAUUCUCCUCGCACAAAUCGGCGUCGGCUUAAUUAAGCUCACCUGCAUCUCGAUUUCCACCGUCACCGUUGACCGAUUCGGCCGGAGAAAACUCCUGUUGGCCAGCCUCGCCGGAAUGUUUGUCUCCUUGAUCGGACUAGCAACAUUCUUAACCGUGGUGGAGCACGCCGGCGAUAAAAAGCUGGUUUGGGCUCUGGUUAUGAGUAUAAUUGCGUGUUAUUCAUACGUCAUGUUCUUUAAUCUCGGACUUGCACCGGUAACAUGGGUUUACAGUUCGGAGAUUUUCCCGUUGAAGCUGAGGGCACAGGGGGCCGGAAUAGGGGUGGCGGUCAACCGUUUGAUGAAUGCCACCGUUUCUAUGUCUUUCUUGUCGCUUUCAGAAAAGAUCACAAUCGGAGGAGCAUUUUACUUGUUUGCGGGUGUAUCGUUCGCGGCUUGGUUUUUCUUUUUCUUCCUUUGUCCGGAGACAAAAGGCCGGGCUUUGGAAGAUAUCGAAAUUCUGUUCACCCCUGGCAGGAAGAACAACUCCCCCGCCGGAGAUUCAAUACAAAAUGCCAAUGUUAACACCAGAGAAGUGGAACUACGGUCCGCAACUUAAAAAGUUAAUUUACUUGUUAAUGUUGUUUAGGAUUCGGGGGGAGGUUUGAUGAUGCAGGGUAUAAUGUAAAUUUGUCGAAGUGAAAGCACAGGAUGCAUAUAUGGAGGUCAGAUUGCAAAGAAGUAGGCUACUUAAUUUCCUCGGGUAUAAAUAUGAGAUGUGCUUGCGAUCAAGAAUUAUUAGGACCCAAAAUAAUGGGGAUGCUUCUAUAUGAUAGGGCAUUAGAAAUGUUGUUUUUUGAUGGUUUCCUAAUUUUGCAAUUUGCUAGUUCUCCGACAAUAUGUCUUCAGCUGUUACUAUUUAACUUGUUUUGUUGUUUGGCAAAUUGUCCAUCUCACCCAUGUUUUAUCACUCUACCAUCCAUCUUGGAUGAGAUUCCACUCCUGAAACUCAAAAACG